AUGAUGGUGAACUAUCACGGAGUUUAUAACUUUGCACAGUUGCCUAACAUGUACAAAGUCUUUUACGAGGAUCAGAGGGAGAAAGUAGCAUUCUACAAGAAUGCCAAUGCUAGUCAUGGGAAAGAGAAGAAGCAUAUGACUCAUAGUCGUGUUAAGUUGUAUGUUGUCCCUUUUGGGCAAUAUGGCCACCACUUUGGGGGACAGAGGACUGGUGGAUCCCAGCUUUCCGGUAAGGGAUUUCAACCUAUUGGUGGAAGUUCUCAUCCAGCUAACAGAGUAUCUCAGUCUGCUGGUAGUGGUGGUGGUGGUGGUGCUCCUACUACACUUUCUACGCCAUCUAGGUGUGCUAAGUGCAGUAAGAUUGGUCAUUUUGCUCGUGAUUGCCCAGACAGUGACAUGACUUGUUUUAACUAUCGAGGUGCCACAAAUUUGUUUAUUUCUCGUGUUCGUAUUGAAAAACUUGUUUUGCUAGUGUCUUAUUUGAAAUUUGACUUGACUAUGGAUACACCUACUAGUGUGUCUAUUUUAACUUCUGAUGUGUGCUUGCAAUGUCCUGUCUUGAUUUCUGAUAGACGGUUUCUAGUUGACUUCGUUGUGCUACCCUUAAGUCAGGUUGAUGUUAUUCUUUGUAUGGACCGAUUAUCUUCCAACCAUGUCUUGCUAAAUUGUUUUGAGAAAUUUGUUGUCUUUCUUGAGUUUGGCGUGAGUGAUGGUGAUGAGUUUUUAUCUGCUAACCAAGUUAAGGCAUCUUUGAGAGAGGAUGCACAGGUAUACAUGAUCCAAGCUAGCAUGAGUGUUGAGACCAAGACCCUUGUGAAUGAUAUACCCAUGGUGAGGGAGUUUCUUAAGGUGUUUGGGUUACCACCUGAGAGAGUUUGA